AUGUCUUCUGCAGGUAUCCGUGUUCAUAUUCCCGCAUUUUCGAAGGCAGAUGCGCCCGAAACUGCCAGACGAAAGAGAAAGACGCUCGCAUGCUACACUUGCCAACGCCGUAAAGUGAGGUGUGACCGUGUGCAACCCGCAUGCGGCCGUUGUCGAAAUGCUGGACAAGCAGACAGUUGUUUUUAUGACGGACGAUCUGCACAGCCUGUAUCACAUCCCAGGCCCGCGUCUAAGCAGGAUACUGGUAAAAGAAGUCCCUUCGUUCCUUCAGUGGGCUGGUCUGGCUCCCCAGCGCUGGGCGGGUUUACUUCGACAGAGCGCAGACCGCGUACCCUGGAGGGAGAUCAAAAUGUUGGAACCUGGCAACUGCACGGUGCUAAAAUGGAUUCUUCCUCCAAGCACAACGGAGAACGGCCUGCCUUGCAAGCUGAUGUGGAGGAGUUCCUGGCGUCUAAACAACAGGACUCUGCGUCGCCAGAGACAGCAGUCUUCCGAGGCAAAAACUUCAGAACCCAGUACUACGGCAGCAGUAAUCCGACCAGCAUCGUUGCCCAUUUCCCGGAACUCCGAUCUUUUAUGAAAGACACCAUCAUGCAGCACACAUCUCUGCCGCGUGUUCAACGGGAGUUGAAAGCGUCAUGGGUCAGAUGGAAAGCCGCCAAGGCUGCUGGGUUGCCUUUGACGGACUCGGAGCUCCUUCAUCUUGUCCCUGAUCGGGAUAUUGUAGAUCGCCUGGUGCGCUUCUAUUUUGAUACCUUUGAAACUAUGUAUCGCAUUCUACACGCUCCAAGCUUUUGGGAAGAGUACCGUUUAUUCUGGGAGGACCGACAGGCGGUAAAACCCGCAUUCAUCGUUCUUUUGCUGCUGACAAUGGCCACGGUCAGUUGCGUCUCUGGUGCAGAUUCGCAUAAGUACAUUGGAGACAGCGCGCUCUCUCGGGAGCGCGCAGUGCUGUGGAUUGAAGCCUCUGAAUGGUGGCUAGGGCGUCAAAGCCAGAAGCACGUCUACGUGACGAUAUGGCAGAUCCGCUGUCUAUUGCUUCUGGCAAAGCAGGUGAAUAUUGUGAAGAAGAAACGAACUUGGACGGUAGCAGGUACACUUCUGAGAGAAGCCAUGUCUGCAGGUUUUCACCGUGAUCCAUUCCUACUUGCAGGAAAGGUGACUUUUUUUGACAAGGAGAUGAGGCGGAGAUUGUGGACAACAAUCACUGAGAUGGAGUUGCUUAUUUCCAUUGAUAGGGGAAUGCCUUCUGGGUCCGCGAUGAUUCCCUCAGACAAUGAGACGGUUCUCAACAUUGAUGAUGAAGACCUUCCAACAGAGGGCGGCAGUACUCCAGUUUCGAAGCCGUGGGAAGAGUACACAUCAAGCUCGUUUCUCCAUAUCUCGAGUGCCAGCUUCUCCUUACGAGUUACCCUGAAUUCUCGCGUGAACGAUCCGAGCUCUCCUUUGCAGUACGAGGAAGUGCUGGACUAUGAGGAAAUGAUCAUGAAAGAACUUCAAAGGCUCCCUCCACGAGUUGAAGCGGAUGAAAAUCAAGAUCCAGGGCAGAAAGGUAUGUCGGCAAUGGCAAGAACACUGCUAGACCUUCAGCUUCGACAGUUCUUGAUCUUAUUGCAUGCUCCAUUUGCACGACAGAAGAGCAACAACCCCCGAAACGCAGUGUCAAGAAUGGUUUGUCUCAAUGCUGCUGCUAGUAUCCUCGACCAGUAUUCCCAGCUCACCAAAUCGGGCGAUCUACUGCCAUUGCUCCUCCGACAAGACUGCUACAGGGCAGCUCUAAUUAUCUGUCAUAAUUUGUAUACUUCCAUUACUAUUCAAAACAAUCUCGUUCUCAGCUCGAAUAGUAGCUUAUUCAUUCAAUAUGUCGAGGACGCCCUUACUAUGCUAGAGGACAGGAUCACGCUACAUGGAACAGGAUACACACAUUACUGGUACAUAUCCGCAGCAUGCGCUCUCCUUCGAUCAACACUAUCACCCGCGGAGUCAACGGUGCAGAAACAGCAAGCGAUUGAUAGAGUUUCCAGGCAGUAUUAUCGCAUACUAGGGGCACAGGAAGAUUUCCUUAAAGCAAAGGAGGGCAUUCUCUCGAUUGGUCUCAGUAAGGUGAAUGCAACGGAAGAUCAGAUGCAGUUUUCUGAGCUGCCGCUACUGGAUGGAAGCAUGUCACAGGCGGCGUUUCUGCAGACAGACCCAGCAUCAGAUGAGUUUUAUUUUGGAGACCCGGCGGCAUGGACGUUUGAUAAUCUUUGGUCAAUUGAGCAGCUUGUAUAA